UCGGGUUAUGCUAUACAUACCUUUCAUGUGCGUGGUGUUCUGAUUGCCAUACUUAAGAAGCCGAGUCCUACCUCGCUACCUGUCAGGAGCAAGUCACGGAUAAACUGGCCUUUGCGCAGCACCGCCAUGUGCAUUGGUUCGUGGACACGUGCUGAGGUUGCUAGAGGUGCAGAUGGCCGCGGGCAUAGCUUUUCAAAGUCCAUAGCAAGCGGUGUUCCAUCGUUGCUUCCAGCCUUUCCAUCUUCAUGCUUGCAACAGUUUACCCAGCCACCUAACAUGCCUGGUACCACAGCAUCCAUAAGCCCUUGCUCCAGCAGGGAAAACAGUCCCUUGCGGAGCCGUCAGGCAUCAUCAGGGCUUUCUAACACUUCGGAACUCUCCUCUGACAUCAAGCGGCUGUGCUUCGGCUCAAGUAGCGAAGAUUCUGACGAUGUACAACCUCCGCAAGAGCGUAAACCGCAUACGAUUAGCCCUGCUGUGCUCCAAGAGGCCCCAUCCUUUAGCUACGAGCGCGGCCUCCGUGCCUUGUGGCUAGAUCGGCAUCAAUCCCUGCGUUGGGCGUUUAAAGACGAUGCCCCGAGCCCAAAAGAUCAACCGCAGCAGCGCAUGCGUGAGCCUCCAGCGGACUGCCUGAAGUAUGGCCCUAAAUGGGACGUCAGCAAGUCCCUGCUUUGGAGCUUGGCGGAGAAGCACUUGCUGCCGGAGGAGCCCUCCUCACCCUCACAGCAGCUUAUUAAGGAGCCCAAGCAGCACCUCGACGUCAGAGCCCAGAUGCCAGAUGCCAAGCAUGCGUCUUCUGCAACCCCGGGUGAAGCUCCGAGCCCAAGGUCUCAGAAGGCCUCGAGCCCCGCUACAAGGCACGACCGCGUCCUGCGCGGUGCGGGUCCGGUGCCACCUCAGCUUCCCGCUGGCAUCGGCCCAAUCGGCCUUUCCACCACCACUUCUGUUGCAUUCCCUUCCUUCGUCUCCUCCUCCUCUACCAGCCUUACUCCCGCUGCGGCCGCGCCUUCUUCCUUCAUCACCUCCAUGUCGUCCUCUUCCGCCAUCUCCUUUUUUCCAGACAAACGACGCAUUAAGCGCGCGUUUCUUUCUGUCCUUGCCAAGGGCCGCCUGCGGGUUCGCAGACUCAGCGCUGCAGAGCAGCAGCAAGCGCCUUCACCAUUGGCGUCCUCCAUGUCCUCAUCAUCCUCUGAGCAUGCUACUCCUAUCCUUCCCCGUCACCACCACAGCGACCCUUCUGUGUGUUUCAACCAUAACACCAUCGACCGGACAGCGUUGGACAAUGACGGUUGGACUAACGGCAGUGGUAGCGGCAGCCUGCCAUCAUCUGCCGUACACAACCGGGGUGGUGGUGGUGAUGGCGGCAGCACUGGCAGCCGUAGCGUUUCUGAUGGAGAUUGCGCCAUGGCGCAUGCCGUAUGCGAUGCGGUGGCCAAGGCUGUCACUGCCUGCCCGGUAGCACGCGGCGUCGUACGGCGGCGGGUUCGUGCCGUGGUGGCGGGCUUCAGCAUCGUGUAUGCUGCGGUGAACCUGGGUGACGCGGCGACAGCGCUUAUGCAUGCGGACUUUAGCCACGAUUUUGCGAGCUCAUCCAAGGCAGUGCUGGACUUCCUGGCCACAGCCCCCAGUGUUGGCGGCAUGGCGGCUGACCUUAUCCACAUAGGGGUUGCGGUGGGGCUGGGGAUGGCGCAGCGCAGGCCGCCCGAAAUCUAAUACCCGGGUGGCGGCAGUCGCGACCGCCCACAACAUGCACGCGGUAUUCACACCGGCUGAGGUUGUGAGACGUAAGGUGUGACGCUGUGCCCGAAAUUGAAACACAUGUUAAUGGCAGAGCAUGUUGUGCAGUUGAGGGAGCACAGUUGGAUUCAUGUAUAGGGCUGUCAGAGAGAAGGGGUCUUGUCCUUGCAUCGUUAACCUCCACCACAGCUUGCAUGCGCCGAGCUUGCAUGCACCCAGCGGUCUUCGUGUGCUGUUGUUGCCGUUGUUGGGUCAUGUAGGCCUGUCCUGAUGUCGGCUUGCGUUGGGAGCGGAAGGUUAUUCAUAUCAUAAUGGUACAUAAGGAGAUGCGAGGCGAGAACUUGAUAUAGGUGUCGACUGGCAGGCGUAGCAAGCACGGCGUUUGUACAUAGGUGAUGAUUGAAGCCGUUCAGCUAGCUUGACGCUCGAGUGGUAGCUCUGCCUGGAAGCAUACAUCGUAUUCAUGCGUGCGCUGUAUCUUGUGCGUGUGGGCUUCUGUUUGGGGUAACGACAUGUGGGUAAUAGCUGCUGCUGCUGCUGUUCUCGUGCAUCACCGUAUGCUGCAGUACCCUCCGUACUGUCGCCCUGCAUGUUUUGUCGUCUCCUGCUUAUCCCUGCUUGCAUGCAUGGAGAGGGCUAGCUACGGGUUAGCGCUGUAGUAUCACAGUUCAUUGGGUCCGGGUGCUUACGGGUUCUGCGUAUCGCACUCAUAUCGCCUUCACUGCUUCGUAUAUACAUGAGUCCCGGGAGUGGACACGGCUUGAAACGUCGGGACCCAAUGCGGUCCAUAUAUUCUUUUUGCCCUGCGUGGCCUGUCGCGGGUAGGCAUCGUGGCGUGGGGUUCAUGGUGUGCACGAGGAGAGGUACGAGCCUGAGAAGACGUCGAAAGGCGUGGAGGCACGAGGUUUAUGUUGGAGCGGAGAGAAGAAAAUUGCUUCGUGGAGGCAGUAAGCGUGCUGGUAUACCAAUUUGAAUCGGUCGUGAGAGGAGGGCAAUUGCAGAGCAUCGUGCGCCAUUUCAAUGCGCCAAGUCCGUAUUUAGGAGAGUUGUGUUGGAAAGUAUUUCUUGUUGGGCCCAGUGCCCCAUGUGCCUCAUUUAGUGAUAUUUUUUACAUCAUCGUGGGCGAUGGUAUAUGGCCUUCUAGAGUGCCACGUGUAGAGAGUAGACGGAAUUGAGAGUGGUCUGCUUGUGAUUUGCUGGCGCUAAGAUGUUCGCCAGUUGUAUAUCCUAAUUUGUUGUGAGCAUGACAGUUGGCUUGCUUACAUUGCCACCAAAGCUGCAUAAUCGUUUCUGUGGCAACGAAAAAAUGGUUGAAAGGGUCGAGCGAAAGAGAUUGUUGUGCUUUACCUGUUGUCCUUUCCAUGUGAGUUGUUAUGAAUGCAUUCUUCGUCUAGAGUGUCCAGUAAUACAUCAGGUUGGCUUAAGCCGUGGGAGCUGCUUAGCAUAUCUUCAGAUUUCUGGACAAGGAUUAUAUUGAUACUUUUGGCGCUUGGUGCACAAGGUUGGAUGUCUGAUGGCAGGUACGGGAGGAGUACAAAAACCCCGUUGUACUAUAGAAAGGCACAAAGUUCGGUUGCUCCGUCGUCACAUGCAACCGAGCGGUCAUCAAGCGUACGAAAUUUAGCGUAGCUGACACGUGUCAAGUUAGGCAAUGAAGCGUGCAUGGUGGCCCAUGGGUCGGAAUACCCUGCUUGGAUUUGAUUCAUCUGGCCCGUUGCUGUUGGGAUGUUGCCAAUCGCGUCCUCCAUCAUCCACCAAAAGGAUAUAAAGAUUUCUGUUGUGUGCAGGAAGCCCCGUAGCUUAGCAUGGACUUGGUUGGGUAGCGUCCUUGAAGAUGGAGGAGUCCUGGGAGGGUAGAGCGUGUACAGCAGCGUCUAGGUGGCGAGGUUGGGGGGUCUUGUAUUCCGUGGCUUUCGCCCUGUUAUUGCAUCUUAACACGGUUUCCAACGAAUUCGCUGCAACAUGCAAAAAUCGCCGUAUGUCAUGAAUUUCAGAGGUGUGUUGCCGCAUUCAUAGUUGCCACAUGGGCGCAUGUUGGACCGCUCUGUUGAUUGGAGCCCUGGUGUAAAAUAGUUGACUCC